AUGCAAGAUUUCUUAAAUGUUGAUCAAGAAAAAAGAAAGAAAGUUGCUAAUGCUUUUCAUUCUUCUGUUCAAAAACAUGAUAAUAUCAAAAAUACUGAACACUUUGCACAAAAUUCUGGCACUUUAGAUGAUAUUGGUGAAAAGAAGAAAAGAGGACAAAAAGCAAAUAAAUCUUUCUUAUAUGAAGCAAGAGUUACUAAAAAGACCAAGAAUAGUAAAAAUUAA